CAGCCUAUUUAUAAUGACAGUGUUAUUUGACACUGACAGAUACAGUUGUGGGUUGUGAAUGUCACAUUUGGCUUGCUUUCGCUGUAAACUUUUAGUUUCAGAUGCAUUAUUUAUUUAUUUUAUAAAGAAAAACCUAAUGUAAAUUCAUUAAGUAUCAUUUGUAAACCUGACUAAGACUUUACAGCAUGGAUUUAAUUUACUCAAUGAGGCGAAAGCCUCUGAAAUGCGAGCCGCCACACUUUGAAAGUGUAACUGACCCUGAAGUGGUGCGGCCAAUCUGCACGAUAUCGACGUGCAAUAUAAUUGCGUUCUCCUCUCCUACGGAGCUGAAUGACACGGAGGGAGACACAUGGGGUGGGCAUGUGUUUGUGUGUGACCUGGACACUCCGUGGGACAGUCAUAGGGUUACAAGCAGUGCUUAUCCUAUAUCAGUGCUGGAAUGGGACAUAGAGGGCAAGCAGCUACUGGUGGCCAACACAGUGGGGGAAGUGUCAGUGUUCACACAGAAGGACUACCUGCUCAAUGAGUGGACUUGCAUCUACACUGCCAGCUUCCCAGGUGAGCACAUAAUAGGCGCAUCGUUCUUCCACAACGGGCGCCGCGCUGUGAUGGUGGACAAGAAGCCUGACGCUCCCAUCUCGGAGCGGAUACAGAUGCUGCGCUGUGCGCCCACGCUCAAGGGAUUCGGCGGCGUGGCGAGCGAGGGGGCGUGCAUAGUGACGGCGACAGGGUUAGUGGGUGCCCUCGUCCCUCCCGCGGAGGGGACGCGCGCCACCGUCACCACCGACUGUCUGCGCCCCACCAGGGACCACAUCACCGCUGUCAGCAUUGCGCAUAAAAACGGCAGCCUGGCAGUGGCGAUGGUAUGUCGCGGGGGCGGGGGCGGGGGCGCGGGCGGGGGCGGCGGGGCGCGGCGCUGGUGCGUGCGCGUGGUGUGUGUGUCGGUGUCGGCGGCGGCGCUGGCGCUGGAGCCGCUGCCCACCAUCUACCUGCCGCCGCACGACGCGCAGCCCGUGUCGAUAUCAUGGUGCGGGCGCGAAGAGUGCGACUCGCUACUGGUGGCGGGGGCCGCGCUCUCGCUGUGGAAGUGUACUGAGAGAGCUCAUCAAGUCCACAAACUAUUCGCCAAAGGUCCUCUACAAGGCAGUACGACGCCAGGAGGAGGGCCCAAACCAGGUCUAGACUGCUUCAGUACUCUCGCGUGGCAGAAGACGGCGGCGUGGGGCGUGGAGGGCGGGGAGCGCGGCGUGUGCGCGGCCAGUACGCGACACCCCGCCGCGCCUCCUCACGCCGUGCUCGCCACACCUAGGGCCCUGCAUCUACUGGCGAGGGAUACGCAUCAUUAUAUAUGCAGUCGCGCAGUGGUAACGUCGGGCGGUCUGUCCGCAGUAGAGGCAGCCUCCACUCCGCCCAAGAAGACUAAAUACGGACCCAACGGCGCGUCGGGCGGCGACGGCUGCGCGAUAGUGUCGUGCGUGGAGAUGUCUCACCUGGGGGGCGUACUGGUGGCCAUCGACACCCACGCCCAGCUACACGUCUACCGGCUGCCGCAGCCCUGGGCUGACAUACCGACCCCGCUGGCGGUACAGCUGGCGACGGGCGUGCUGGAGUGGGCGCUGGUGGCGGCGCGGGACCCGCUCGACGUACUGCUGGCCGCCGCGCCCAGCCAUAAUGUACUCGAGCUACUCUAUGAGAGGAUAACGGAAUCCUUCCAGCGCCAACCGCCCGCCUUCCAGCAGUACUACUACCACAAUUGGUUGAAGCUCAGGAUAGCACUAUGCAGAAUGAUCCCGAGCGGGCAGAGCAGCGCGUCGUGGCUGACAUGCCUGCAGUCGCUGGCGGGGGCGUGGGCCGCCGUGUCGCUGGCGCUGCGCCCCGACGACAAGCCCGACGCCGCCGUGCUCGCCGCGCUCCUAGACGACCAUUCGCACGACCAUGAGAAGAGCCUCCUAGCCCUAGAAUCGAAGCCGGAAGCAGUAGUGGAGGCGUCGGCCCUGCAGCCCCUGCGUCGCUGCGUGCAGCGUGCGCUAGACAUCGGCCUCACUGCGCUGCUCGCGCUGGCCGCGCCGCAUCAUCACCAUACAUACGAGGUGAUAUCGGACGCGUCGGGGCUGUCGCUGCUGCGCCGGCUGGCGGGCGCGGCGCGGGCGGCGCGGCCCCCGGCGCGCGGCGCGGACCUGCUGGCGCGCCCGCUGCCGCGCCUGGCCGCCGCCGCGCCCGCCGCUGCCCACAAGCAGGACCUGCUCGAGGAGUGCGCCAUGCUGGGCACGCAAUGGACGGGCGCGCGCGUCUGGGAGUCGUUGCCGCGCUGCGCCGUCUCCGCGCCCCAUGGCAAGCCGUGGCCGCUCUAUUUGGAGUAUGGUGUGGAGCCUGAAGCGUUAAGAUAUAAUCCUGAACCACCAGUGUACGCCCAAUGCGAGACAACGCCUUCCAUUACUAUGGACGCCAUUCGCUACAUGUAUGUAGGUGGUGGGCUCCGACCAGCUCGGUGGCGACAGUGUGGGCGCUGUGGGUCGCGUGCCCUCGCCGCCUCGCAACCCAACAAACAUCCGCUUCAAUGCGCUUACGACGGACGGUUUCUAGCUGACUGCAGAUGCGGUGGAAAAUGGACCUUAUUUUCAAAUAUUUAAGACUCUCAUUAGUUUUUAAGAAAUA